AAUUCUAACACAACCGUUCUGUACUUCAACUUUUUCCUCAUCUUUCUGAGGUUCCUGCUCCACGUUGUCGGACUCAGCCUUUAUUUUUCCACACAUUCCUUUCUUGUUGGCUAAAUUUGUUCUACCCCUUUGUUUAUAGACCGCCUCCGAGGUGAGCAACUUGGGUUUGACGUCAUUACUGGAUUACUCUUUGAUUAUUCCUUCCCCCACAGCUCUGUUUGCCUCUGACGCUGCAGUUAGAACUGGGUCAGCUCAGCAUUAGGUGGCGAUGAAAGCUGCAGUCUAGAUGCUGGAUCAGUAAUUAGGUUGUCCAGGUCUGCCUGUAGUGUGGAGUCAGACCGUCUCAUUCAGUCCACAGAGCUUAAGAAAAAAAAAAGCUCCCCGACCAAAUAACAUGGCAGAGGCUCUGGAACUCGGCUCCACUGACGGCUCUCUGCCUGCAGAGUGGAAACUCUCCAGUCGACGCAGUAGGAAAUCUGGGUAUUCCAACAUCUUCUCAGGGGUGAACCUACAUCAGCUGCACAAGCUGUUCAGAACAGCGGGGGACAGAAAUGCGGAGCAUCGGGCGAAGCUGGUGUGGCAGGACAUUGAAGCCAAUCUGGAAGGCGCAGAGGAAGAAAAGCUGAAUGACGAGGAGCAGAGAGAAGAUGAAGUGGGCCUGGCCCAGGCCUUGGUGGGACUGAGAGUUCGAGCCAGGAAUAAGGCUGGAAUAAGAGUGGAUGGACACAGCGAACACAAGUGGGUCAGAACAUCAGGGUAUCUCAGGGUUCAGGAGCCAGUAGCUGUCUACAAUGUAGAAGAUAACGAUGAUCAGACAGAAAGUCUGGAGAAAUUAAAAUUGCCAGCUGAGGAAGACCUUACAGGGAAUCAAAACCCCUUCAAGCCAUCAUCGUGGAGGUUGGGCAUUAGGAUGGAGGGUGCCAGAGACUCUGAGCGCUACCUUCACCGCAUCCUCCACUGAAAACUAUGCCCACUUGUGCAAGAAGGAAGGACAGUGAUAAAUUAAAACACUGCUUUUGCAUUGAAGGGCGUGCUUUAUGUUGUUUUCAUCAACCAGCACAUUCAAGUGUUUUGGGAUAAUUUCUACCUGGAAAAAGAGUAAAUAUAAACCCUCUGCAGUGUUGGUGUAUCUGCUAACAAAAACAGGUUAUAGAUGCACCAUCAGGUCAACCUGUGUGUUUAACAGAGCUGGUUGUGUGAAGUGACAACAGUAACACAUAACUGUAUAAAGCUGAAAACGGAAUUUAUUUUGAUUAAAUGCGUUAUUUACUAAUAAUGCUUAUUUUUUCAAACAAUGAGCUUCUAAAGAUGUAAAAUGUCUUU